AUGAAAGAUGGUGCCAGGAAGCUGUGCCUCAUUUCGUUCAUUGUGGAGAGCUUGCGCCUUGUGCUCAAACGGCAGAUCAGCAACAUGCGUGACCCGACCCCCCCGGAGAAGCGAGUCGCAGUUGGCAUAUACAAGCUUUGCUCGUCGGUCGAAGAUCGCGCUGUGGCAAGCCUCUUCGGCGUUGGGCGCUCAGCCGUCAACGUCGUGGACAGGCAGUUUUGCGGGGCAGUUGUCUCUUUGCUCGAAAGCGACUCAGUCAACAUGAUGGCUCCGGAGGAAAUGGCAAAGUACAUGCAGGAAUUCGAAGCUGUCUGCGGUUUCCGUCAAUGCGUUGGAGCCCUCGAUGGAUGCCACUUUCGCCAUUCGCCACCAAAGCAGCACGGCACAGACUGUCAUAACUACAAAGGCUGGCACAGCGUCAUCUUGCUGGCACUUGUGGAUUCCAAAUACCGCUUUAGGUGUGUCAACGUUGGCGCUCCUGGACUUUGCCACGACUAG